GAUAGGUUCAAGAAAUCUGGCGAGUUCGACCGCCUCCGACGUGAGUUGUUGACCCACUUUCAGCAAUCCGAUGGGAUGGGGCCUUUCAUGGCUCGUGUCGAGGAUGUCGCCCAAAAACGCCUCGACUCUGAUUCAAAGUUGCAUUACAUGUCUCCCGAGGUGGUUCACCGCGAGCUCUUGCAAGAGCUUGACAGAUAUCCCAUCAUUGAACGUGCCCUCGCAGAGCUGCAGAUAUUUUCAGAUCCAGCCUUCGCAGCUGACAUUCAACAAUCGGUCCAAAGAAUCUUGAAGCAAGAUAGAGGCAAAGAAAUAAACAGUCAGCCUUUCAUGUCCUUUCUAUUGACGCGAUGA